AUGAGGUUCCUACAAAGCCUCAUCCCAGUGCUACUUGCCUGGUCGGCACCGGCUUUGGCAAAGAAUUCGACAUACUAUAAUCCUGUUCUACCAGGCUGGCACUCCGAUCCUUCCUGCACGCCAGUCAAUGGAACGUUUUACUGUGUGACUUCGACUUUCAUCUCGUUUCCUGGCUUAGCCAUCUACGCAUCAAAAGAUUUGAUCAACUACAAGCAUAUCAGCCAUGCCUGGAACCGCGAGUCUCAACUCCCGGGAUACAGCUAUGCCACCGAUGCUCAGCAGCAGGGCAUGUAUGCCGCCACUAUCCGGCAUCACCAGGGUACCUUCUACGUGAUAUGCGAAUACCUGGGUACGACAACAAAACGCACCAACGGCGUCUUGUUCAAAUCGACAAAUCCCUACGAUGACGCAGCAUGGAGCGACCCCGUACUCUUUGACGCCCCCAAAAUCGACCCCGACAUUUUCUGGGACGAUGACGGCAAAGUCUGGGUUGCUACUCAAGAAGUCAGAAUUCAGGAAUUGGACAUCAACACAGGCAAGACCGGACCAGUCAUCAAUCUCUGGAACGGUACGGGUGGUGUAUGGCCUGAAGGCCCACACAUCUACAAGAAAGACGGCUGGUAUUACCUCUUGAUCGCUGAGGGCGGAACAGCUGAAGACCACGCCGUCACCAUGGCGCGAGCGCGAAAUAUCACCGGCCCAUAUGCCCCGAGUCCGCAUAACCCACACCUAACGAACCGCGGGACAGACGAGUACUUCCAAACCGUCGGCCACGCAGACCUUUUCCAGGACAGCAACGGAAAAUGGUGGGGCACCGCGCUCGCAACGCGCUGGGGCCCUCCAAGCAGCUCCUACUUCCCCAUGGGCCGCGAAACCGUCCUAUUCCCCGUCACAUGGAACAAGAAUGAAUGGCCUGUCAUGCAGCCCGUGCGCGGCGUCAUGAACGGCUGGCAACUUCCCACCCCAUCGCGCGACGUCCCCGGCACAGGACCGUUUGACUCUGACCCUGAUGUCUACGAUUUCCCGGCAAAUAGCACGAUCCCGAGGAACUUGGUGUACUGGCGCGUCCCGCUGCCCGGCACAUUCAGCACAACGCAGAACGGAUUGGAAAUCGUGCCCGGCAAAAACAACCUGCAGAACAAAUUCAACAACACCAACCCCGCAAGUAAAGCCAUCGCAUUCAUCGGCCGCCGCCAAACAGACUCGACCUUCACCUUCAGCGUCGACAUGUCCUUCUCCCCCACCAAGGAUGGACAGGAAGCAGGUAUAACCGCCUUCCUAACACAAUACGCGAACAUUCAAUUAGGCGUCACGACGCACAACGGCUCCCUGGCCUUCCGCUUCAAUGACACCGCCGCCCGCAACGUCUAUACGCCCGUCCCCACCGCGUGGCAAGGCAAGCCUGUGAGGCUGAGCAUUGAUAUGUCCAUUCCUUCUGAAUACAUCUUCUCCGCCUCUUCGCCAUCGUCCCCUGCCUCUGCCAUCCAACUCGGUAAAGCGUCGACGGCGCAGGUUAGCGGCGGCACGGGCAGUUUUGUGGGCACGCUGGUGGGCGUGUAUGCGACGUGCAAUGGAGCCGGGGACAAGGAGUUGGAGUGCCCUGCGGGCACGCCGAAGGUGGGCGUGAGGAGGUGGAGGUAUGAGGGGAAGAGGCAGUGGAUUGAUAAAGAGAGGAGUGUAGGGUGGGCGGAGUUUAAUCGGGGUGGUUAG